UAAAACUUGAUAAUUUAUCGUCGUUGAUUACGUAUUAAUGUGUAUAUUUCAAUAAUUUGAUUACAGUAAUCCAGUUGCGGCUUUUGCGCCCGCUUCAGUGGUUGGUGUGACCAAGAUGGCGGCGAUAAAACUCUUAGUUUUAUCCUUGGCUUGCGCAUGUGUGAUUGCGCACUCGCCCAUCCCUCCAGUCAGCAGGACCAUCUUCUUAGACGAGCGUCUUGAAGGAGGUGCCUUCGAGAAUAUCGACGCCUUCAAGAACAUCGAACUGAGCAACGCCGCCGCUUCUCCCUACCGUCUGCCCAACACUACCUUCCCUACCCACUACAAAGUAUUAUGGGUUAUCAACCUUAGUGAUAACGAACAAACCUACAGCGGUACCGUCGAUAUUACUCUUCAAGCUACACAGCCAAAUGUCAAUGAAAUUGUCAUCCACUGCGACCACUUGACGGUCACCUCUGUGGUCUUGAGGCAAGGAACGGCAACGGAAGGAACAUUGAUCCCCACCACCCCUACACCUCAAUCUCAAUACCACUUCUUGAGGGUCGCACUUAAUGAUGGCGUUCUCUUGUAUAAUGAAAAUGUCCCCGUGCAAUAUACCCUUUCCAUUGCAUUCAAUGCCGAAAUGCGUGAUGACAUGUACGGUAUCUACAGAAGUUGGUACAGGAACUUGCCCACAGAUAACAAUAUCAGGUGGAUGGCAACGACUCAGUUCCAAGCCACAGCUGCUCGCUACGCUCUCCCUUGCUACGACGAGCCAGGGUACAAGGCCAAGUUUGACGUUACGAUCAGACGCCCCUUAGGCUACAAAAGUUGGUUCUGUACCAGGCAGCGGAUCACCAGACCAUCAACCACUGGUUACGCAGAAGAUGAGUAUCACACGACCCCGGAAAUGUCUACCUACCUUCUAGCUUUAAUUGUUGCUGACUACGACUCUCUUGCAACUCUCGAUGCUAACGAUAGAGUUUUGCAUGAAGUUAUUGCAAGGCCUGGAGCAAUUAUCAAUGGACAAGCAGCCUAUGCUCAAAGAGCUGGCCAAGAUCUUCUAGGGAAUAUGAGCGACCACACGGGCUUUGACUUUUACAAACAGGACGAAAACCUUAAAAUGACUCAAGCUGCUAUUCCCGACUUCGGUGCAGGCGCUAUGGAAAACUGGGGUUUACUGACUUAUAGGGAAGCUUACAUUCUGUAUGACGAACAACACACGAGCAGCAACUUCAAGCAAAUCAUCGCUUAUAUUCUCUCCCAUGAGAUCGCGCACAUGUGGUUCGGUAACCUAGUCACCAACGCCUGGUGGGAUGUGUUGUGGCUGAACGAAGGUUUUGCCAGAUAUUACCAGUAUUUCCUCACUGCAUGGGUUGAAGACAUGGGUCUCGCCACUCGUUUCAUAAACGAGCAGGUGCACGCAUCUUUGCUCAGUGACUCGUCAAUUUACGCCCAUCCUCUCACCAACCCCGGUGUUGGUAGCCCAGCCGCCGUCAGCGCUAUGUUCUCCACUAUCACCUACAACAAGGGUGCUUCUGUCAUCAGAAUGACUGAGCAUCUUCUCGGCUUUGAGGUUCAUAGGGCAGGUCUUAGGAAAUACUUGGAGGAUAUGAAAUUCAAAACAGUUCAGCCUAUUGAUUUGUUCACUGCUCUGGAGACUGCCGGUAACGAUGCAGGUGCCCUCGACGCUUAUGGAGAUCACUUCGACUUCGUAAAGUAUUACGAAAGCUGGACGGAACAGCCAGGACACCCCGUGCUUAAUGUGCACAUCAAUCACCAGACCGGACACAUGACCAUUUACCAGCGUCGUUUCGACAUCGACACUGGCUACUCGGUCCAAAACAGGAACUACAUUGUUCCCAUCACUUUCACGACCGGAGCCGAUCCCGACUUCAGCAACACGAAGCCCUCUCAUGUUAUCUCCAAGGCUGUUACCGUCAUCGACCGCGGAGUGGUUGGUGAUGUCUGGACCAUUUUCAACAUUCAACAGACUGGUUUCUACAGAGUCAAUUAUGAUGAUUACACCUGGGACUUGAUCAUACUUGCCUUGAGAGGCGCUGACAGGGAAAAGAUUCAUGAAUACAACCGUGCUCAGAUCGUCAACGAUGUAUUCCAAUUCGCCCGUUCCGGCCUCAUGACGUACGAACGUGCAUUGAACAUUCUCUCUUACUUGGAAAAUGAGACUGAUUACGCCCCAUGGGUUGCUGCCAUUACUGGCUUCAACUGGCUUAGAAACAGAUUGGUUGGCAAACCUCAGCUUGCAGAACUUAAUGCAAAGAUCGUCCAAUGGUCAUCGAAGGUAAUGUCCGAGCUGACAUACAUGCCUAUUGAAGGAGAGCCCUUCAUGCGGUCAUACUUGCGCUGGCAGCUAGCUCCAGUUAUGUGCAACUUGAACGUACCCGCUUGCCGCGCUGGUGCCAGAGUCAUCUUCGAUAAUCUUCGUCUUUAUCAACACGAAGUACCAGUGGACAGCCGUAGCUGGGUAUACUGCAACGCCCUCCGUGAUGGUGGAGCCGUGGAAUUCGACCACUUGUACAAUAGGUUCAAGGCACACAAUGUCUACACUGAGAAGAUCCUCAUCCUUCAAACCCUUGGUUGCACAAGUCACCCUGCCUCUUUGACCACAUUGCUGAACGAUAUUGUCACGCCCAACAAUAUCAUUCGUCCGCAAGACUACACCACAGCUUUCAGCACUGCUGUUUCAGGCAAUGAAGAAAACACACUCUUUGUUCUCAAUUACAUCCAGAAUAACCUGGAGACUGUUUUGAAAGCCUUUACGUCUCCAAGAACACCUCUAUCCUACAUCGCGGCUAGGCUGAGGACAGUUGAAGACGUUACCGCGUACCAAACUUGGCUGAACCUUACCACCACUCGCGAGGUCCUUGGUACCAGUUACAAUAACAUCUACGGAGACUCUGUUGCCGCUUACGACAGCAUCCUUUGGGUGGCCACCGUUGAGGAUUCCCUCUCCGCCUAUCUCACUAACGGAGAUAACGUCAUUCAGUCCACUACUUCUACUACCACUACCACGGUUGCACCAACCACAGUUACUCAGCCCCCUAUCACGGAACCGUCCACUCCAUCUCUGCCAGUACCAGUGACCGACGGAGCAAUGACGAGCUUCGCAUCACUCUUCAUCAUUUCAUUGGGUGCCAUUUUGCACCUUAUUUUAUAAGCAACUAGGUACAUUUCUGUGGAAUCCUAAAUUAGUUCGUAAGUUCUUUUGUAUCCAAAGUGAUUAUAGCUUCUUCAGCUAUAAACACCACGUCACUAGGUUAAAAUGUUGCAGUGAGAAUUGGUUAUGUUCAAGUGUAUACCACAUAUUGACAAUUACAUAGUCUGCAGUAAAAGGUUGACUUUCCCUAUGUUUGAUAAAUUCUAUAAGAUGUAAAAAUUGAAUUUCUAAAAGUUUAAUUUUCACUGAAAUGGAGUUAAAUGGUUGUGAAUUUAACUUAGAUAAGUAAACGUUAAAUAGCCUCAUUUUCUUAUGAAUUGUAAAUAGGCUUCUGUAAAUUAUUGAAUAAAAUAUUAUCUAAAAAAUAUA